AUGCCUAGCAAAUUUGGGUUUCUUCUCUCCAUUAAGCUUGAAUGGUCAGCACAGUACAUUCUUCAAGGGUGUUUCUCAAAACCGAAGGAGCCGGACUCGGGUCAAGAUCACCCAAGAAAGCGGCAGAAGUUAAACACAAAGAUAUGGAAUUAUAAGGACAUUCCUUCGUCUAUGUUUCCGGAGUAUUUGACUUUGGCGCACAUAGAAUUGACAAUAACGUUUUCGUCGCCGGCACUUGGCACCAGUGCUGUCCCCUCAAUCUUUGAAAAUGGCACUCCGGAUAAAAUUCCUGUUAUCAUUUUAGCAGUCUCCAAGUUAGACGAUUUCUCUGGCGUAUCCAAUGCUCCUGUGAAAAAAUAUAAGAUUCAGCUCGGAACUAGUAGCUCGGAUGUCAUCUUUGACCAGACACUCGAUUUUUACACAUGGAACCACGACCCUAUCCUCCCGGGGAAGUUGCCUUCAGCCUUUCCGCCGCGCAAAGAUCCCCCGACAGUAUUUACAAUGUCCACACUGAGGAGGGUUGAGGGUAACGAACUUUCAUUCAUUCUUGAAACAAAGGUGUUUUGGAAAGAUACCGUUAAGCUCGGGAAAAGGGGCUUUUGGCAGAAUAAAGCAUUUUCAACAUAUCUGCCAGGCGCGCCGCAGGAACGUCACGAAACCACACGCCCCCGUCGGGAUUGGCGGCAGUGGCGCGUUGAAAAGAGAACCUGGAGCCCUAGCGAGUUUUACGAGAGUGCCCAUGUCCCUUCCAAAAGUUUGGAUCUGCCGCUAAGCACUAUACCGGUUCAAUGUCAGCUUUUCCCUUUCCAGAGGAGAACAGUUAGGUGGCUACUUGAAAGAGAAGGUGUAGAGCUCCUUCCGGAUGGUAAAGUGCAGGAUUGUUCACAUCCUCAGGACUCUGCUCUUCCCGACUCUUUCUCUCAGAUAACAGAUGCGGACGGACACAUCUGUUAUUUCAGUCACCUUUACUGGGUUAUGACCUCCGAGAUUAAGGAGUGGAGCAGUACUACGACACUGAAAGGCGGUAUUCUCGCUGAGGAAAUGGGACUUGGCAAGACCGUGGAAAUUAUCACUCUGAUUUUAUUGCACCGGAGGCCUGCUCCUGAGCGGGGGCUGCCAUUACUUCAGCAACCGCCUGCCAUUACCGAAUCCGGUGCCACCCUGAUCAUCACUCCAUUUACUCUCCUUGAACAAUGGAAACACGAAAUCUCAUCUCGUGCUCCACAUCUUCGAUAUACGUACUAUCGGGGUAUCAAUCGCAUGAAAGGGAGCGAUGAGGAAUUGGUACAAAAACUAGCAUCCUGUGACAUUGUUCUCACAACGUUCAAUAUCUUACAGGGAGAAGUUCAUUACGCGGAAGAUCCACCUGACCGUUCACUACGUAGUGAGAAGAAAUCGAUUCCAAGGAAAUCCCCCCUGGUCAAAAUAUUUUGGUGGAGAGUUUGUAUCGAUGAAGCUCAAAUGAUUGAAACUAAAACGGGCCAUGCGGCGAGGGUGGCGAGGCUUAUUCCGCGGCGCAACGCUUGGGCAGUAACAGGUACACCACUUCGAAAGGAUAUGAAUGACUUGCUCGGUAUACUUUCAUUUCUACAUAUUCACCCAUUAUGCGAUUGGUCGGAUGCCUGGGUUCGAUUAUACGAGAUCCACAAGCCCCUAUUCAAAGAAAUUGUUGGUCGCAUUGUCCUGCGCCAUAAUAAGGAUAUGAUACGUGAUGAAUUACACCUACCUCUUCAGAAGCGCGUUGUUAUAACUAUCCCAUUCACACCAGUGGAAGAACAACAUUACCAUCAACUUUUUGAACAAAUGUGCGACGAGUGCGGAGUCGACGCAUUAGGAGACCCUCGUACAGCAGAUUGGGAUCCUAAUUCGAAACACGUCAUUGACGCAAUGAGGCGCUGGUUAACAAGGCUUCGCCAGGCUUGUCUCCAUCCUGAAGUAGCUAGUACUGGCCGCAAGGGUUUGGGAGCGAGUAGCGGUCCACUUCGCUCCGUCGCAGAGGUUUUGGAGGUGAUGAUUGACCAGAAUGAAGCUCGUAUCCGUACAGAGGAACGCUCACUUCUUUUGUCUCAAAUUCGCCGCGGCCAGCUGCUGGAGAAUGCUGGCCAGCCCAAGGAGGCCUUGGAGCUGUGGCAAGCCGCGUUGGCGUUGGCUGAGUCUAAUGUUAAGGAUUCUCGAGUUCAGCUUGAAAAUGAACGUAAGAAGGAGCAGAUCGCAUGGCCGAAUGGUGUGCAAAAUUCCUCAGAUGACGAGGGUGAUGCUGAUGACGGAAAAGGAGAGAUGAAUUCCAAGAUGGCGGCUUAUCGCAGCCGUCUCCGGAGUGCCUUAGAAAUCGAACAUAUUUGCAAAUUUUUCAUUGCAAAUGCGUAUUAUCAGAUCAAAACUAAUGCGGAACUCACAGAUCCUGACUCGAAAGAGUUUUUUGCUCUGGAAAAGCUCGAGUGGCGCGCACAUGCUCUCAAGUUACUCUUGGAGCCGCUAGUAGAUGAAGAAGACGAUAAUGCCAAGUUGGAGGGCGACGAGUACGAAUCUUCCACUCGUCAUCAGGAUGAGGUAUAUGUCUACAUGGAAGCGUUACGCGUUCUAUUCGCCGACUAUCAUGACGCUAUCACGGGUCAGAAAAACCACCUGAUCGAGCAUGAUGUUAGGAAUAGGUUAGAUCUUGCAGAAAUCGGAGAGGGCCCGUCACCUAAGGUUUACAUCUCCAUCAUGAAGACGCGCGAAAGACUGAAGCCUCCACAUGAGCUCGGAUCGCUUCGCGGUAUUCUUACAGAAUUGCGUAGCCUUGUGGUAUCUCUCGAAUCGCAGGAAGCCCGGGGCAGCACUCGAGCCCGUGCUGAACUUGGUAUAGUCAAUCGUAUUCUGCAAGACUCGAGCCAGAUGUCAUCGGAGCAAGCAAAGACUUCGCUAGAUUUGGAGAAGGAGGUGCAGCUUUUCCACAAUGUCAUGAAUCGGCGUUUGGAGUAUUAUAGGCAACUGCAGCAGAUUUCGGAUACUGUAGCGCCUUACGAUGAAGAUAGUAGAGGCAAGCCGCUUAAUGCCGCUCUCUUUGGCAGCAUGCUUGACUUGGAGGAUAAAAUGCAGGAGAAGAUAUCAGUAUUGAAGUCUAAACAUAGGUAUCUUAUCCAUCUUCGAGAUGAUUCUGGGGCUGAGGAGUCAGGAAGAAUAUGUGUCAUAUGCCAAUCGACCUUUGAAAUCGGUGUCUUGACCGUAUGUGGUCACAAAUAUUGCAGCGACUGCCUGCGAUCCUGGUGGCGCCAACACAAAACUUGUCCGAUGUGCAAGAUACGCCUGAAAGGCAGCGAUUUCCAUCAAAUUGCUUACAAACCCACGGAGAUUGUCGCGCAGGAAGAAAAGUCCAUUGCAGCACACGUCCGGGAUUCUGGCCAUUUUCUGGAGAACUUGAUAUAUUCCGACAUUAGUUCAGGCAUGUUGAAGGAAAUUAGAAAUAUUGAAAUUGAAGGCUCCUUCGGAACAAAAAUUGAUACUCUGGGUCGCCAUUUGAUUUGGUUGCGACAACACGACCCGGGUGCAAAAUCAAUUGUCUUCUCGCAGUAUAAGCCUUUCCUGGGGAUUCUUGGGCGUGCGUUUUCGCACUUCAAAAUUGGAUAUAGUAGCAUUGACAGUUCUGACGGGGUUGAACGGUUUAAAACUGAUCCUUCUGUCGAGUGCUUCCUCCUGCAUGCGAAAGCUCAUUCCUCGGGGCUAAACCUCAUCAACGCCACGCACGUUUUUCUUUGCGAGCCAUUAAUCAAUACUGCAAUUGAGCUUCAGGCCAUCGCCCGUGUUCAUCGUAUUGGGCAGAAACAGGAAACGACAGUUUGGAUGUAUCUCGUAUCUGAUUCCGUCGAGGAAUCUAUCUACGAUAUUUCCGUAUCGCGGCGGCUGGCUCACAUUGCUCAAAAACGCAGGCAGCAUAGUGUGAAAAGCCAGAACCACAAUUUGGGAAUUGGUGAAAGAGGAGGAGGAGAUGAUGAAGAUGAAAAUGGACAUGUUCCUAUAGAGACAGUCAUUGAGGCUGCAAACUCUCUAGAAAUACAAGAUGCGAAGCUGGGCAAUUUAAUGGCGGGGACUGCGGCUGAGGGAGAACUGGUCCCUGACGACGAUCUGUGGCAGUGCUUGUUUGCCAAGAGUAACAGGAAGGCGAAAUCGAGGGUGGACUCAGGGAAUGUGCCGAAUAAUAUUGAUCGGCUUUUGAGGGCUGAAGCGGCGGAAGGGAGGAUUGAAGCCGCUGGGAAUGGCGAUAAUGAUGUAGUUGGGCCGAACAGGUAUCCCAGCCAUGUGCGACCACGUUGGCGCGCCGCUUUGGCUUCCCUUUACACUUCCAUAUCAACACCCCGCUUGCGCCAUGUAUCUUUGUUGACUGAGACCUGCGUUUCGCCCAAACUUGCUGGAGGACGGCAAACCUUCCUGUACUGUCUUGCAGACGUCCCAAUCCCCAGCAACGCCUCCCAUUCAUUUGGCAUGGCAUCAGAAAUCCUGAAGCAGCGCGGAAAAUUUCAAGAGAUAUCAUGGGACAGCCACCUCAUAGCCAGCAAAUCAGGAGUGUUCCAGAGUUUCGCGAGUUGUUUCCCACUUUUGAGGAUCUGGGAUCGCCAGUGCCCUAAUGAGAACCUUUAA